GGGCGACCUUUUCGUUUUUCUCUCUUUCCCUCCCGCUUUCGUUUCGCGCUGCCCGCGCGCUGACGCUGUCCCGCUCUCUGCUCUCCCUCAGGACCUCGCCCCGCGCCGACGGCACCGCGGAGCCCCGCCACGAUGGGCAGCAAGGCGCUGCCGGCGCCCAUCCCGCUGCACCCGUCCCUGCAGCUCACCAACUACUCCUUCCUCCAGGCCGUCAACACCUUCCCCGCGGCCGUGGACCAGCUGCAGGGGCUGUACGGGCUGAGCGCCGUGCAAACCAUGCACAUGAACCACUGGACGUUGGGCUACCCUGGCGUGCACGAGAUCGCCCGCUCCGCCCUCACGGAGAUGGCGGCCGCGCAGGGCUUGGUGGACUCGCGCUUCCCCUUCCCCGCGCUGCCCUUCGCCGCGCACCUCUUCCACCCCAAGCAGGGCGCCGCGGCCCACGUCCUCCCGGCGCUGCACAAGGAGCGGCCCCGCUUCGACUUCGCCAACCUGGCGGCGGCCGCCACGCAGGAGGACCCCCCGAAGGCAGGGGAGCUGGGCAAGCUGGGCCCCGGACUGCCGUCGCCCCUCUCGGGGCUCAGCAAGCUGUCCCCGGACAGGAAGCCGUCGCGGGGCCGCCUGCCCUCCAAGACGAAAAAGGAGUUCAUCUGCAAGUUCUGCGGCCGCCACUUCACCAAGUCCUACAACCUGCUCAUCCACGAGCGGACCCACACGGACGAGCGGCCCUACACCUGCGACAUCUGCCACAAAGCGUUCCGGCGGCAGGACCACCUGCGGGACCACCGGUACAUCCAUUCCAAAGAGAAACCCUUCAAGUGCCAGGAGUGCGGGAAGGGCUUCUGCCAGUCCAGGACCCUGGCGGUCCACAAAACGCUGCACAUGCAGGAAUCUCCACACAAAUGCCCCACAUGUGGAAGAACCUUUAAUCAGAGAAGUAACCUGAAAACUCACCUUCUUACCCAUACAGACAUCAAGCCCUACAACUGUGAGCGGUGCGGCAAAGUGUUCAGGCGAAACUGUGAUCUACGGCGGCACAGCCUGACGCACACCCCGCGGCAGGACUUCUGAGCGGCGCGGAGCCGCAGCUGAGCGCUGCGUUGCGGAG